AUGCAGUCAGUGGAAGAAUCAGAUAAUCUCUUCGUUGAUCAUGUUCUUGAAGCGGUAGACAAUAUGACCGGAUCUAAGCAACCCAAAGUUCUCCUGUUCGACAUCGGCGGAGUAUGUGUCGUUUCACCCUUCCAAUCCAUCCUUGACUACGAGCUCAGUUUGGGUAUUCCGCCAGGGUGGGUUAAUUACUCAAUCUCCAAGACGAGCCCUACUGGUUUCUGGCAUCGCCUGGAGACGGGCUCAAUACCCAUGGAUAAGGCCUUCUUUGAAGGUUUCAACAAGGACCUCCACGACCAAAGUCGCUGGGAGUCCUUCUUCACUGCGCAACAAGCCAAGAACCCGUCGUUGUCCAGGGAGAUACCGGCACUCCCAAAUAUUGACGGGGAGUACCUCUUCAAUACUAUGAUGACCAAUUCCAUACCUCCAGACCCCUGGAUGUUUCCGGCAUUGAAAAACCUCAAGUCUAGUGGCAAGUAUAUUCUGGCCGCACUGAGCAACACUGUUAUCUUUCCAGAGGGCCACAACCUUUGGAGGAAGGACUUCUUGGACGACCCUGUGCGCAGCCUCUUUGAUGUCUUUAUCUCGUCGGCACAUGUUGGGCUUCGAAAACCUGAUCCGAAAAUUUACCAGCUUGCUCUGAAGACGGUCAACGACUAUGCAGCGAAGAAUGUGGAUUCGGACAGGGGUAAAGCUCUGGGAUGGGCUGACGGUAUCAAGGCAGAAGAUAUUGUCUUUCUUGAUGAUAUCGGCGAGAACCUGAAGGAGGCAAGAAAGCAAGGCUUCAGAACCAUCAAAGUCCAUCUGGGAAGGACAUACGAGGCAGUAGAGGAGCUCGAAAAGGUCACGGGUUUGGCCCUGGAAGGCGAUCAUCCAAAGAUUCCGGUGAAACCGAACCUGAAGGGCAGCGGAAAGGCAAAGUUAUAG